GUACUGCCAAACACGAUCGCAACGGUCACUUUUUGUUUUCUCUAAAAGAGUAUUACUAAAAAAUGAAAAAUAUUUCAUUAAAUUGAAACGGUCGUUUUUUUUUGGGUCUUCAAAGCAACCAAACACCGCAAGCAAGCAAUCCUCACCUCCACGCAUGGACGAAUCAGAAGAAACAGAGAGUCUCAUCCUCUCCGCCGCCAAAGUGGUGGAGUAUUUGGGGCCAUUGAUGUCGAGAGACCUCCUCUGCAAGUUCCCCGACAACUCCGCCUUCGAUUUCGACUACUCGCAGAGCUCGCUCUGGUCUCCACUGGUCCCUCGCGCUUACAGCCACAUGGAUCUCGAUUCGGUUACUCCGAGGAAGCUCUCUGCUGAGUUCGGAUUCAAACUCGAAUCCGAGAACCAAAAGCUCAGCACUAAGAAAAUCAGGUCCGCCGCCAAGAAGACGAUCGUCGGAGCCCUUAAUCUAAAUCUUUUCAAGAACAAGAAGAGGAAGAAGAGAAGAGCUUCUGAUUUCUCCCCAACCCCUAUAAAGGGCAAAUGUGCCCCAAUUAUUUUCAAGAGUUGGAAUAAAGUGCUGAAAGCUGCGAGUAAGCAUUUCAAGAAGAGAAAGAAAGAAUCGACAGCGCAUGUGAAGGUCCCCAACUAUUUGAAAGAUUGAUAUUGUAUCCACUGAGAUUUAUUUUGUUCUUUGUAGUCCCAACAUGGAUUAUUGUUUAUUUCAUAAUCUGUUGGUUUGGAAAUUGCAUACUGCACUGCACUAUCCCUGGGUUCUCAUUUCUUAGUAGAAUAAUUGUUUAAAUAAUUU